UUUUGGCGUGUCGACAUGACGUCACAAGGUUGCAUCGCGCCCCUGCAUCUGUGUUUUAGCUGAAGAAAGAUAAACUGAAGCGACUGAGAUCCACAAGACACUGAUAUAAAGAUGGCGUUUAUUAAAGUCGAGAGCGAAGACAUGAAGAUUGAAGAAGCAUUUACUAUCAAACAAGAAGAUCAUGAGGAACAACGAAUAGAGAUGGUGUUAAUUAAAGAGGAAAGGCAAGAGGUGAAAAUUGAAGAAGAUUUUAGAGUUAAACGUGAAGAUACUGAGGAACAAACAGAGAUGGUGUUUAUUAAAGAGGAGAGGGAAGAGGUGACAAUUGAAGAAGAUGUUAGAGUCAAACAAGAAGUUACUGAGGAACAAACAGACCUGAUGUCACUGAUAGAGGGGAGUCAAGAACCGAAUGUAAUGGAAGAGAAGAAUCAGUAUGAGAAACGUCAUUAUUUCAUAACUGGGGAAAAAUCUUGUACUUACUCACCGACUCAAAUAGAAAGUAGAGACCUUAAAGUCCAAAUGAGAGUUCACACUGGAGGGAAGCCUUUCAUUUGCAAAGAGUGUGGGAAGAGUUACUCACGAAAAAUAAAUCUUAACAUUCACAUGAGAACUCACACUGGAAAGAAGCCAUUCAAAUGCUCUCAGUGUGGAAAAAGUUUUAAAGAGAAAAGGAAUCUUAGUGCCCAUGUGACGGUACACACUGGAGAGAAACCUUACACCUGCAAACUGUGCGGGAAGAGCUACACAAGAAAAGAAAAUCUUAAAUUCCACAUGAGUGUUCACACUGGAGAGAGGCCUUACACCUGCAAACUGUGUGGGAAAAGCUACAAAAGAAAAGAAAAUCUUACAUUUCACACAGGAAAUCACACUGGAGAUAAGCUAUUUAUAUGCACUCAGUGUGGAAAAAGUUUUAAACAGAAAAAGUACCUUAUUGGCCACAUGACAAUUCACACUGGAGAGAAACCGUUUGUUUGUGAUCAGUGUGAAAAGAGUUUCAGGUGUAAAGGACACCUUGAUCUUCACAUGAAGAGUCACUCAGGAGAGAACUGUUUUAUAUGUCACCAGUGUGGAAAGAGUUUCUCACACAAAGGAAACUUUGAGAAUCACAUGAGGGUUCACACUGGAGAGAAGCCUUUCAACUGCCAAGAGUGUGGAAAGAGCUUUACAGCUAAAGGAAACCUUAAGAUUCACAUGAGAAUUCACACUGGAGAGAAACCUUACAAGUGUCUUCAGUGUGACAUCAGUUUCACAUAUCACACGGACCUGAAACGGCAUGUGCAAACUCAUUCUGGAAAGAAACUUCAAACCUCAUGUCAUACUGAGGGAAAUGGCAAUUUCGACAAUCAUCUGUACAUUCACUCUGAUGAAGGACAAUUCAGUUGUGAUCAGUCUAAUUAAAACAUCACAUUAACACAUUCAUACUCCAUUAUUAUUUUAAUAUAUUAGUAAGAUUUAAGUAGUAUGAUUUCGUCUAAAGGUUGAAUAUAUGUUUGUAUGAUCAAUUUGGAAAAAUGGGUCUUGUGUAAGUUCUCUACUGAGAAGUCUUACUCUCAGUAGCGUAAGACUUCGACAUAUGGAUGCAUAACUGUCUGUCUGCAGGUAACGGUUUUAGAAAAACACUUAAGAAAUAACUUGUGAAAUCUUUGAAAACAGGUUAUAUGUUGCAGAUACAGAAUGGUGUGAAGAGGGCGACUCUCAAGGCAACCUCCUGGAUGGUUGAGAAUUGAGACCCAAGGGACUUUAUUUCCUUAUCUCAAGAAAUGUAUUACAAGUACCUUCAUAAGCUGCUGUGAGCUUUGCGUGUUAUCUCUUUGCUCACAGACUUCUGCUGUGUGUAAAUUGAUCAAUUUCUCUGCAUAGAAUUAAAGUCAAGACAGACUUUUCUUUUGUUUCACUCUGUCUUCACAAUUGUUUUAUUUCUUAAUUGGCUAGAAAAUCUACAACAGCACAUAAAUAUUUAAUCAUGUCUAAAAGGUGUUUUUUUUUAGUGUGGAGGCACUUGAAGAAGUAUUCAGUUGUGUUGGCAGUGGGACAGGUCUGUGGCAGUGUUUUCAGCACACCAUUCAGAUAAUUAUGUAACAAGUUUCGGGAGGAGCGUCAGAUACUUAUCCUAAUCAACACCAGUGGACCACAAUCAAGUAAUCAAUACCACAGAAUAAAUACCUCUGACUUGCCAAUA